AUGUCGACCCAUAUACCGAUGACUGGGAUGAAACAUGAUGCACCUGACACCAACAAUCAGAUGUUGUACCAUAGUGUGUGGACAAGAAGGAGUGGCUGCUCCGGUUAUCCUACCUUCCCAUUUGAAAUCCUGGUACCCUACUGGGCGAAGAAUCUGCUCCCCCAUGUUACACUGGCAGUUGGACACGGUUUUGAGGCAAGGAGCCUUGGGCCUAUGAUCAGAAGAGCAUCCAAACUCCAGUGGGAACCCACCCAAACUCCAGGAAUAACCAAAGCCACCACUGAGAACAUGUGGAGGUUUAUGGACAGUUGACACAGAGGAACAUUGCCUUCCUGAACGUUUGACUCUCCCCAAGACACCAUGGUAAACCUUACACAGACCACCCCUCAUCACAAGCACUGCUUUCCACCGUUGAUGAAGGCAUAUGGACACAACACCCCAUUUGAUGUUGGACAACUACGGGUGGCACCAGUCACCAUCACCUUACUCAACCCUGAUCAAAUUCCUAUCCACCGAACACAGUACCGUCUGAAACCUGAACAGACCAUGGGGAUCAAACCACCCUAGAUGGGUUGUUGGGAGCUCGUGUCAUAUAUCGCACUGUGUCCUCCAUGGAACACACCAAUCUUACCAGUCCUUGAAAACAGGAGGCGAAACAUACCGGAUGGUACAAGACUUCCGAGCAGUGAACGACGUCACUGCACCCAUUGACCUACCUGUCCCUGACCCUCACAUUACACUGAGUAAUCUCUCACCAAAACACCAAUACUUCACCGUUGUGGAUCUGGCUAAUGCCUUCUUCAGCAUUCCACUGGAUGAGGCUUCACAGCCUCUCUUUGCCUUCACAUAUGAACAUCAACAGUAUACGUAUUCGGUUCUUCCACAGGGUUACAGGUGUUCUCCCCGGAAUCUUCAAUCAUAUCUUGAAGACACACCUGGCCGAAUUGAAAAUCCCUGAAGGAGUGAUACUCAUCCAAUAUGUAGACGACCUUUUGCUGGGGGCUCCCACAUCUGAAUCUCUGUCUACAAAUGACAAAAACCCUACUUGACUUCUUGGCUGUAAAAGGCUACAAGGUCAAAAUGAGCAAAGUCCAGUCCUGUCGCAGAACUGUCCUUUUUCCUUGGCAGAGAAAUCUCAGGAGAAGGUGCUGGUCUCUCGAAUCCCACCGAGAUUCCAUACUCCAUCAUCCACGUCCCAUCACAGUGUCAGGCAUGUUGUCCUUCCUGGGUUGACAGGGUACAGCCGUACCCACAUCCCUGACUACACAUCCAGGACUGAACCACUGAGAGAAAUAGUGAGAGAAGCAGGACCAAGAAACUUACACUCCUCACUUACCUGGACACCUGAAGCAUCAACAGCAUUUGCUCUCCUAAAAACCGAUCUCUCG